UGUUCACAACAGACUGAUUCCGGGCAUCAAGCAAUCAUUUACCAUGGCACCCGUCUUUGUGCUGACCGUUUUCAUCGCUGUUCUCUGCUCAGUUCAGGGCCGAUCUACAAGGAAAGCUUCAUUUGAAAGGACUGAAGAUGACAUGGAAAUUGACAGCACCAGAACCAACAGCAUUGAGGAGGAUGAAUUUUCUGCUUCAACGCUCAUUGAGAAGGCCAACAGAAAUCUUGGAAAAAGACUUGAUGAGCUACUAGUCAUGUUUGGGGACAUCGCAGUAUAUACUGGGUUCAUGAACGCUGACCCCUGCACAGCUCGUGGCUGCAAGUGGCAGAAGUCCUCUGAUGGGAACGUUUACGUGCCCUAUGUGAUCUCUAAUCAAUACUCGGCCCGGGAGAGGUCCGUAAUUGAAGGUGGCCUGCAAACAUUUGCUGCAUCAACCUGCAUCCGAUUCUUUCCCCGAACCAAUCAGAGGGACUUUGUGGACAUCCAGUCGCAGUCAGGCUGUUUCUCGUUUAUUGGACGCCGGGGCAAUGGCCAGGUGGUGUCUCUUAGUAGGAACGGAUGUGUCUUUCUGUCUGUGGUGCAGCAUGAACUGCUGCACGCCUUGGGCUUCAACCACGAGCAAACACGCAGUGACCGUGAUAGCAAUGUUCAAAUCCUGUCUCAGAACAUUAUUCCUGGAAUGGAAUCCAAUUUCAUAAAGAUCGACACAAUUAACUUGGGGACUCCAUAUGACUAUAAUUCUGUCAUGCACUACUCAAGGUUUGCCUUCUCCAGGAACACACAGCCCACCAUUCUUCCAAUCCCUGACAAUAAUGCAGUUAUUGGCAGAGCAACUCAGAUGAGCCCGAUUGAUAUUCUGCGGAUCAAUCGUCUCUACAACUGCACGGGACAGCCGUUGGAGUGAUUUGAGAAGUGCGCUGGUAGAGCGUCUGCUGAGGUUGUAACUGCAGUUAUAGCUUGCUUUUCGACUUUGAACAUGAACUCAAGAAACAAAUGAUAUGUCAUGCUGAAAGAAUGAAUUGAGAUGCAGAUAACCAUUUUUUUGUGCAAGUAUAUCUUUACGUCUGUAUAUCAGAUCUGAUAUAGCUUAUCAUAGAUAGAACAUUGGUAUGGCAAAGCAAAGUACUGUAGACUACUGAAGCAUUAUCACAAUAAAUAAGAUGUAUUUGAUA